AUGACAAGAGGCUACAUUGACAUGGCCAUACACAGGACCUGCCAGGAAUGUAACAGGGUUUUGGACGCCAUCCCUCAUGCGCAGACACACCUAGAAGGGCUUUUUAAACACUCGCAUAUUAUCCACAAACUAUUGAAUAAUUUUCAAGAAUAUAAAAAACUACUUGAACAACAACAACAACAACAACAACAACAACAACAACAACAACAACAACAACAACAACAACAACAACAACAACAACCACCACCACCACCACAACAAAAACAAGAAAACAUGAAUAUUGACUCAGGUGUCACUAUUCCACAACCAUCACCACAACCUGGAUAUCAAGCAAUAAGACGUUUAAAUCAACGUUUGGAGCUCUACCAAUUAGAGAAUAGUAGGGACAUCCCAGGAGAUGGAAAUUGUCAGAUGCAUGCCUUAUCUGACCAACUUUAUGGCAACUUGAACCACAGUGCCGAGAUAAGAAGAGUCAUUGCCACAUGGCUCAUAAGAAAUAAAAAUUUCACCCUCCCAAAUGGUGCAAAACUAUACCAAUUUGCAAAUACCAAUAAUUGGAAUAGAUAUUGUAACAAUAUGGCAAGAUCAGGGACUUGGGGUGACCAUUUAACUUUAAUUGCUGCUGCUGAAAUUUUAAAAUCAAAGAUUACAGUUAUUUCAUCUGGUGAAUCUGAUAGCAGCUCUUUCAUUGAAAUUCUUCCAAGUUCAAUAGAAAAUUAUAGAGCAAUUAUAUUAUCUCAUCACGACAAACACUAUGGUUCUUUACGCCAAAUGAUUUAA